AUGGAUUACAGAGAGAGAGAAAUGAGUUUCGCAGCUGUAGCUUGCUUCGCGCCAAGAUCUUCCAUGCUCUUCACCGGCUUAAAUUCGAGCUACUCCGAUGUGUAUCGCACUUCACUUUCGGCUUUCCCGGCGAGUAUAUCAUCCCGGAGCGUGAAACCUCCGGUAUGCCUUGCUGCUGUUUCGUCUGAUGCCGUACCCGACCCUGAAUCCGAUCUCAAACCCAAAAAUCAAUCUCGAACCCGUCGCCAGAAGAAGGAAGCGACGGGGAUCGGUGAAGCAGAGAGCGAUAAGUUUCCGACGAAGGUCCCGCGUAAAUCGAAGCGCGGGCGGAGGAGCGAGGCGGACGCUGUUGAGGAUUUCGUGAGAAACUCACUCGAGCGCACCUUCUCCACCAUACGAGAGCAGAAUCCGGAGGUUUUCGAGAACAAGGAGAAGGCGGAUUUCAUCAAGGACAGAGGCGGGGAAAAGGAAGACGAAGAUGAAAGCGAAGGUGAAGAGGAAAAGAUGGUGGUGGAAGAAGAAGAUCCAGAUUGGCCACUAGAUACGGAUGUUGGAUGGGGAAUCAAAGCUUCGGAGUACUUCGAUACACAUCCAAUCAAAAACGUGGUCGGAGAAGACGGGACUGAGAUCGACUGGGAAGGCGAGAUUGAUGACAGUUGGGUCAAAGAGAUCAACUGUUUGGAGUGGGAAAGCUUUGCCUUUCAUCCCAGCCCGCUCGUCGUCCUCGUGUUCGAGCGAUACAAAAGGGCUAGUGAUAACUGGAAGACAUUGAAGGAGCUUGAGAAAGCGAUCAAAGUCUAUUGGGAAGCGAAAGAUCGAUUACCUCCACGGAUGAUUGCGCAUUUCUACUAUAAAGCAAAGAGACCUUCGUGGGUAGACAAGGCUAAGGGUCAGUGUCGGAAAAAGGAUGUUGAGAUUCUAACAUGUGCUAUGAUGCUCGGAAGAAGAAGAGAUAAAAGAGAGAUCAUACAGGAGUUAUUCGACCUAUUAUUUAUGUUGUUACGUUUUGAAAUCGAGAGGGAAGAGAGGCUUAUGGAAAUAGCUGGUGAUGAGUGCUCCUCACAAUUUACAUAG